AUGACCGUGUCGAAUAUAAUUAUCGUCGAAGUUGAGACUCUUUUAGAUAGUAUCGAAGCUCCAGAAGAAUUUGACUGGAGAGACAAAAACGUUGUGACUGAAGUCAAAGAUCAAUCGACUUGCAGUUCUUGCUGGACGUUCAGUGCUACGGGUGUUACAGAAGGCCAAUACGCUAUAAGACAUUCAGAAUUGCUUUCUUUGUCGGAAAAGCAGUUAAUCGACUGCUGGUCUGAAAGCGGCGGUUGCAUAUUAGGAAAUUAUCCACAUGAAGGACUUAAUGCCGUAGCUAAAAUGGGUGGUUUUAUGUUGGAAAGUGAUUAUCCAUACGCGCCACGUCAAGAUGAAUGUUCGUUUCAAAAAGACAAAGUGGCAGUGCGAGUUAAGCGUGGUGUCCGAAUACAAGUCAAUGAUGAGGAACAACUCAAGCGUUUGGUUUAUCAGAAAGGUCCCAUUUCCACCGGAUUCUUCGCGUAUAAUGGAUUUAGCACGUACAGUGGUCAGAUAAUCGAUGGUGCAAACUGUCCUGCAGAUGCGACACCCAACCAUGCCAUGCUUAUCGUUGGUUAUGGCGUUGAGAAUGGAACGCCGUAUUGGAUAAUAAAGAACUCUUACAGUGAGAACUGGGGAGAUAGCGGAUACCUGAAGUUAAUUAGAGGCAAAAAUGCUUGUGCUUUGUUAUUCUAUACUGCUUUGGCUGAAGUUGAAUGA